GACCUACCUACCUACCAUAUGGAAGCUUAAACUCAAAGAAGACAAUUAAGAAUCCGGAAGCUUCAUUGUAAAAUGUUGAAGGGUUUCCGCUAGCUAAGUAGUGUUUAAGCGUCUGGAUAUUUUUUCGGGGUUUCGUUCUUCUUAGGGCUGUUUCAGUUGUGCAUAUCAAAAUGAGUCGGCCGCAUGAUGGGCAUCCACCAGCCUUUCCUUUUGGGAACCCAUUCCGAAUGAUCUUUCCCAGGAGAUCGCACCAGUCUCCAAAGAUUGUGGGACUCUUAAAUUCCUUUGAAGAAAAUUUGGCAGAAAGGAUGAAGAAGCUCAAGCUGAAAGACCAGGGCUCUGUCCUUAGCUUGUUCUGGAUGAGAUUAGCAAUGGAGUUGCUUUCUGAAACCUAUGCUGACAUUAAAGUUCUCAUUACUGACCUUCAGUUCCCUGUUGCUGAUUGGGAUGAGAAAUUGAUGGAUAUCUACUUGGAUAAUAGCGUGAAGUUGCUUGACAUUUGUCUUGCCUAUAGUUCUGAGCUUGCUCGGAUCAACCAAGCUCAUCUCUUGCUUCAAUGUGUUCUCCAUAUUUUGGACACCUCUAGAGCCUCUCUGUCACAGGAGCAACUUUUGUGUGCCCAUUCUUCUCUUGGCGAUUGGAUGAAGCAGAUUAGUCUCAGAAACCCAAAGCUUGAGAACUGUUCUACCAUCUUAAAUGGUCUCAUCGAAUCACUUCACUUGAAUAAGGUUAAGAACUCAACAAAGGGGAAGGUUUUGAUACGAGCUAUGUACGGGGUCAAGGUUCAGACAACAUUUGUCUGUAGCAUAUUUGCAGCCACUUUCUCAGGCUCCUCAAAGCCAUUGGUGGAUUUGCAUGUUGCUGACAAGUUCUUGUGGGCAGAGGUUUUCAUUGAUUUGCAGGCUAAUGUAAAUGGAGUGGUUAGGAGUCUAGCUUCAAAUGGAAGUCCUACACUGUUGAAAGAGCUUGAAGCUGUUGAAGUAAAUGUUAAGAGGUUGUAUCCUUUGAUUGGCAGCGAUGGUAAUGGGCCUGUUGAAGAAGAAACGCUGCAAAAUUCUGUUUUGGACUUGAGAAAGAGUUCUGAAAGGCUUGUGCAAGGGUUGGAUCUUCUUUCGAAGGAAGUAGAGGGCUUCUUCCAAAUCGUUCUGACUGGCCGUGAUGCUUUGCUUGGUAAUUUAAGAGUAGACAAUUCUGACUCUUACAGCAGAACGGAGAACAAUGUUGAGAGCAGGUUGUGAGGUGAUGAUGGGUGGUGCAAAGUUACUUUGGGUAUGUAGUAGUUUACAAAGUUAUCUGAUUGGUCUAAUGUCUGCAAUGCUUUCAGGCCUCUUGGAGUGUAAGUUGUGUGACACUGAUGUUGUAUCAAUAUGUUGUAUUUCAAAAUAUGUAUGUAUUAUGUAUUGUCGUGAUACAAUUAAGAAAAUUGUUUCUGGUGAGCA